AUGGCAUCACUCACCAUUCCUGAGGGAGGGCUACUAUGCCUUCAGAACGUAGACACACCUGGGGAACCCUCUACCGAUCCCUGCAGCAAACCCAGCCAGAUCAUGCAGCUGAAUCUGGCUCAAUCCACCCUCGACGAACUCGUCCAGAGCCUGCGUAACGAUCAGAAGGCUUGUAUCCGCCUGGGAAAACACCAAUCGUUGCACUACGGGAACAAGUCCCAGACGUUUUUCUCGUCACCGGAGAACCACCGCUCAGAAAUCUACUCCUACUCCCCUUCCUCCAACGGAAAAGCCUAUUUCACGGGUGUGCUUAGCCAUAAGCUGGAGGUGGAGAAAGCUCGGGAGGCUACUGCCGCUACGGAUGAGGCAUUGGCUACUCUCGAGCAAAGACUGAGUGCUUUUGAGAAAGGGAAGGAAUCAAGGAAAACUCCGCUGAUCACGACCAUUGAUCAGAUGAGAGCUCUCGGCGCGGGGGACAACCGCAGCGCAACCGGGAAAGAAGCCGCUUCGUUGGCCCGCAUGCCAAGAAGCAAGAUCGAUGUUGAGAAAGAGCGUUUUUUUCAGCAGGCCGCCAACAGAUCCAAUCCCACUAGCCCAGCCCUUCUUGGUGCCCGCUCCCCCGCGUUCACUUCCGCAGUCACUCCGAAAUCUGCCUCUGUUCCCCAAAACAAAGAUAAACUUCGCCUCGACGCUCUCCGUGUGCCUCUAACCCAUCUGCUCGCUGUCCGGGCAGUCUCUGUCAGAUUCUUAGCGCAGAAAACCAGAUCGCCCCAGGAGGACUGUUUGGCCCUCGUGCAGAAAUAUGGUAUCGAGAAUAGGCUGGAUCGGGAGAAGGAUGAACGGCAAGAAGCGAUUGAGAACGCCAUAUCAGCAUUUGACCGAAUGCGGAUUUCGCGAACGGAUAAGCUUUGGCAGAUGCUGCUUCCAAAGGCCGAGAGGGGAAAGGGUAAGGUCUUGUCUCGGUUAAACCUACACACCGGACCGAUAGCCAGAUCAGCAACCCCACGCCUUAACAUUCAAUCCCCUGAAGAUGUAUCGAAGGAAGGAUAUGGAACCGGUAACGAAUCAGAACGGACGAACGGUUGUUUUACCCCGAACCAGCAAAAUGUUACUAGUAAAUCUGCGCGACCAGGAGGAAAUGCAACGCAAAAGAAGGAAUCUUCGAUUAAAAAUGGCCAGACGAAACGGGCAAGCACUAAAGCAAGAAAUACCACAUUGACGGGGAGGGUAACGAAGAAGACAGAUAAGAAGAUGGAGAAGAAAUCUUCAGCAAAAUCAGAGUCGAAGUACAAAUCUGCAGAAUUUGUGCAUGAUUCAGAUGAAGAUGCGGAAAUGAUGGAUUUCCCGCCUUUGGGAUCUUCCACGGGCAAAACAAGUGAAACGGCAGAAACACAGAGCCAGCCGAGAGUCGGCACAACGUCUUCGAAGAGCUUCCCAUCCAAGCCCGCUGAAGCGGAAAAGCCAGCCAAAGUGAAGUCUCAGUCCAUGAGAACGCUUUCAUCCGUUACAGCAACUUCUCGUGCCGCCAAUAACAGAUCUCCGCAAAAACCGUCUCCACUUGGCUCAUCCCCCCCUACGAAUGCAACCGAUCUAGAAAACGGAAUACGAUCCUCGAAUACGACGCAGUCAUCCAGCUCCUCCUCCCCUCUCAUGGUCCAACAUUCAAGAGCGAAGGCUUCCUCUACACUCUCUCGAACCCAGACUCCAAGUGCCGUUGAUGGUGGUGGCCAAAAGCCAGCAGCGAAUACCCUGAAACGCAAAGCGGAGACUGAGCGACCCCCCCCCGGCCACAUUGAUCAUGAGCGAAACGGCAUACGAAAUCCAAAGUCCCGGCCCCAACAUCUCCAAACUGCCACAACCAACGGCCGCUCCAUGGAGCCGAAGCGGCGUCGCCUUUCCAGCCCCUCGAGUAGUAGCACGACCGGCAGUACCUCACCUCCUCGGAGCCUGGAGAUACUUCGCCAGCGAUUACGCGAAAAAGCACAGCAAUUCAAGCGGUAUUAUGCCUCCUAUCGACUUCUGCACCAGGAGCUGACCAGCCACCCGGACCCACCACUGGGCGAGAUUCAGAAACUGGAACGACAGCAUGCGCGGUUGCGGAAGAUGAAACAGGACAUCUGGGAAGAGGAUCGGCGGUUAAGGAUGGGGUAA